UCAAGCGACAAGAGCGAGAACUGGGAUUCCAUUUAUACCAGUGCGAUAUAAAUUAAAAAAAAACCCUAGUUAGCAUGAGUUCAUUAUAUCGAUUCAGUGGAACCUGAGGUGUUGAGGUUAUUCGCAAUGUAGUUUUCUAGCUAGAGGUUAAGUUGCAAGCGAGAUAACUAAAGCUAAAAUUAGGUUGUUGGUAACCCACUAUCUAGUCUAGCUAGUUAUGUCAGCUACUACCAAGUUCAACAGUUAGCAUAAGUAGCUAGCUAGCUAGUUUUAAACAGUUAAAGGUAGGCAUCAUAUGUGGGGAGGCGACAGAUUAGUAAAGGUAGAGGUAAUUUAUUUUGAAUUUAAGUUGGAUCGCUAGAUAGCUAACCUAGCUUUUUAUUGUAUAAUUUUGCAUGACUAGUGGUUGAAGUAGUGCCCGACCGUUAGACGCGUUAGCUAGCCAGCUGACUAGAUCACUCAGGAUAAGAAUGGCACACUGGACCAAAUUCGAAAAAGAACUGGACAAAGAGGUGAGGAAACUUAUAAUGCACUUGAGUGGAAUUCCAGACGAAGAAGACCCAAAUUUCCAAAUGGCUCUCAAAUUUGCUUGGUCAAAUUUCAGGUUUCACCAUUUUCUAGAUGUGAGCAGCCAUAAAGUACAGCUCUCAAUAAAUGGAAUCUAUGAAAAACUUAUGGUGCACUCUGACUUAUGUAAAGCAGACAGCUGGAUGAGACUAACUAAGGAAUUCCUGAAUUCACCUCUACCUAAUACUGAGGGCACCAUGACUGAUAUCCACCACAGUAUCCUGGCCUUAUUACUCUUUCUGUCUGAUUCACCUUCUAAUACAAAUUACAGUGAAAGGCCCCGCCUGAAAGAAUCAGAAAAAGAAGACAGUUUCGACUGGGCUAAAUAUUUAAUGGAAGGGGAAGACAUUGACAUUGGUCCUUUUCCAGACACUCCAGAGUGGUCAGAAGAUGAGAGUGAGGAGGAGGAAAGUCAGCAACUCCUCAGCAGAGAGGAUUCUGGGAUACAGGUGGACAGAACACCACAGGAAGAUCAGGAACAGACCAGUAAGACAGUGCAAGUGACGUGGACUGUGGGUGAACCGGAUGCCAGGGCUUGGCUGGAGCUGCAAGUUGUGACACCAUAUUGGGUUCCUCACUCACCCCGUUUUCCACACAGCCUCCAUCUUCAUUCCAACCUGCUCAAUGUUUGGGAUCAACAUCUGUACAACACUGACCCACUCUACCUUCCUGAAGAAAAGGCUUUUGUCACAGAAACUCAAGUAAUUCGGGAGACUUUAUGGCUCCUAUCAGGGGUAAAGAGGCUUUUCAUAUUUCAGCACCACGACGGCAAAGUGAGCGUGAGGAAUGAUGUGGUUGUCACCCACUUGACCAGUAAUUGUCUGCGCUCAGUACUGGAGCAUGUAGCAGCCUAUGGCCAAGCAGUUUUCCGCCUCCAGAGGUUUAUUGAUGAGGUUACUGGCCACAGUGCAGAGCCAUGUCCUCCUGGGCUCAACUCCUCCUCAUCUUCCUCUUCUUCCUCCCGGAAGAGCUCAGAGCCCCCAUUCAGAACCUAUCAAGCCUUUGUGUGGGCACUGUAUAAAUACUUUGCCAGCUUCAAGGAAGAGAUCACUGCCAUUGAGCGAGAUAUCAUUGGCAAAGAUGAAACGGUAACUUUGUCCUCUGUACUGGAACGCCUCAGCCUGCACCUGUCUCAAAUCACUGUGCUGCAUAGGGUUUUCUGCACGGGGGUGGCUGAAGUCCCCCCCGCCACCCCAAACGUAGUACGUGCCUCACACUUACUCAACACCCUCUACAAGGCCAUCAUUGAGUAUGACAGUGUGGGUGAAGCUUCAGAGCAAUCUGUGGCGCUCCUUUUCUCUCUAUGGGUAGAAACAGUCAGGCCAUAUCUUGAGAUAGUGGAUGAAUGGAUUGUUCAUGGACAUUUGUUUGACCCAGCCAAAGAGUUUAUAAUCCAGAGGAACAAGGACGUACCGGUGAACCACAGGGACUUCUGGUAUGCCACCUAUACACUGUACAGUGUGUCGGAGACAAUAGAGAGCGAGGAGAGGCUGAGUGAGGCAGCCAGCGGGAGCUCGGGGGGAGAGCAGAGCUCCAGCAGCAGACAGCAUACCAUGGUCUCCUUUCUAAAGCCUGUCCUCAAGCAGAUCAUCAUGGCGGGCAAGUCCAUGCAGCUGCUGAAGAACCUGGACUGCAAGGAGGUCGAACCAGCUGACAGCUCCUCCAGAGAUGCUGAAAGGAAAAGUCUUUAUACGCUCUUCCUGGAAUCAGUGCAGACACGUCUGCGCCGUGGUGAAGAGUCCCCUAUGGAUACGGUAUCUGAGCAACAAGCUACCAAAAGGAGCCUUAUUAAGAUGCAGUCCAUUGUAGCACGCCACCUGGAGCUGGAUGACAUCCAUGACCCCCUGCUAGCUAUUAACUUUGCCAGGUUGUAUUUGGAGCAGAAAGACUUUCAUGAGAAGUUCUCUGGCAGCGACGUGAUUGUGGACCGUUCAUCCGAGUCAGUGACAUGCCAAACGUUCGAGCUCACCCUGCGCUCCUGCCUCUAUCCACACAUUGAGAGGAGGUACAUCGAGUGCUGUGGCAACCUCAUGCGAACUCUCAAAAAGGACUACAGGCUACUGGGAUACCUUCAGGCUAUGAGAAACUAUUUCCUGUUGGAGGCUGGUGAUACAAUGUAUGAUUUCUACACAGCCAUCUUUGACAAGGUACUUGAGAAGGAGAGCUGGCAGCAGCUGGCAUUCCUCAAUGUACAGCUACAGGAGGCUGUGGGACAGCGCCACCCAGAGGACAGCAACCGAUUGUCAAUUUUCCUGGAGACAGUUGAUCCCACAAGGAAGAAACAGCCAAUUAAUAACCUUGAUGGCCUUACUUUGAGUUACAAGGUUCCAUGGCCUGUAGAUAUUGUGAUUAGUUCUGAGUGUCAGAAAAUCUACAAUCAGGUCUUCCUGCUCCUUUUACAAAUAAAAUGGGCUAAAUAUAGUCUUGACACUUUGAGAUUCAGUGACUUGACAGUAGCUGCUAAAAUCCAUGAAGGAGGGCCCUCUGAAGAGUACACUGCCAAAGAACCUAUAAACCAGCAGAUCCACAGGAUGGUGCUACUAAGGGUCAAGCUAAUGCAUUUUGUUAACAGUCUGCACAAUUACAUUAUGACCCGGAUUCUACACAGCACAGGAUUGGAAUUUCAGCAUCAAGUGCAGGAGGCAAAGGACCUGGACCAGCUCAUCAAAAUCCACUACAGAUAUCUGUCCACCAUCCAUGACCGCUGCCUGCUCCGAGAGAAGGUCAGUUUUGUCAAAGAAGCCAUCAUGAAGGUCCUUAAUUUGGUUCUCAUCUUCUCUGACCGAUGGCAGGCUGGCUUUGGAGCAUGGAAAAUUGAAUCUAUUGACAAAAUGGAGUCAGAUUUCAAGAACUGUCACAUGUUCUUGGUGACCAUUCUGAACAAAGCUGUCUGCAGGGGAUCGUUUCCUCAUUUGGAGUCCCUGGCUGUAUCUCUGAUGGCUGGUUUCGAGCAAUGCUAGAAGAUUUUUCACCACAAGCACAGCAUGCUGUCCAGUCUGCAAACCCUGCUAUCGUACUGUAUGACUACAUCUGUGCUUUUUGUUGUUUUGCUUGUCUAAAACAAGAAGUCUGACUUCAUGGUACAUGGGAGAUUCACAAUGUCACCAAACAGCCCUUCAGUCUAUAAUUUAGCUUCAUUUAUGUUUAUUUAAGAUGUGGGAAACCAGGUGAAACAUAUGUAAGUUUUCACACUACAGUCUCUUUGCUCUGAGAUGGUUUACAUUCUGUUUUUCACUUGAGUGAAGUCAAUUCACUUUUAAGUCAGUUGCAUGGUCAAUGUUGAGUCCUGUAAAACAAAACAAAAACUCACAAGAAUGUUAAAUAUCUGGUGCAUUAUUCAGUGAAACUGAAAUAAUUUGCCACAUUUAACAUAGACAUAAGUAUUUAAUAUAUCAUCUCAUUCUUAGCCUUUAUGUAUUUAGUUUUUUUUCACUGCCAAUUUGUGCACAAUAAAUGACACAAGGCUAAAAAUA